GUUUCAAUCAGAAAGUAAAGAUAAGUUAGCAGCAGCUAAUCAGGUGAUUUGGACAGAUGCAUCUAAAACUGAAAUAACGUGAACGUCUAUAAUCUUAAACGAGGUGGUCAGAACGCAACUUCAUCAUGAGUAUGCAUUUUGAGGACUCGAGCAGCGUCACAUUGCUCUUUGACUUUUGGGAUGUGCACGGACCUGCAGGAAUGGCCCUGUCGGUCUUUGUGGUUUUGCUGCUCACCGUUUUGUAUGAGCUACUCAAAGUGUGGAAGAUAACUCUGGGAGAACAGUCGCAGGACACAUCUGCCACUCUACAACAUCCCUUUUCUCCUCCACCUCCCUGCUUCUCCUCUACGCUGCAGUGUCAAGGGAGCAGCCCGGUUCUGUCCAACAGCCCAUCAGAGACUUCACUGACGCCAACAGACAAUACCACAAUCACCACAACUGUCACCACUACAACCGCAAAAAGCUGGUUCCUGCACUGUCUUCAGACAGCCAUCCACAUCGUCCAGGUCACUCUGGGCUACAUGUUGAUGCUGUGUGUCAUGUCCUACAAUGUCUGGAUCUUUGUGGGUGUCAUCGUGGGCUCGGUGAUUGGAUACUUUCUGGCAUUUCCCCUGCUGGGUAAAGUUUGUUAGAUAAAAGGAGGAAGGAAAGAAAACCAGUCACAAGAUGCUAAUUUCCUUAGAUCAGGUUUGUGCAGUAGAUUCUGAGAAAGGAGGGGUGAACAGCACCGCUGAAAACUAAAUUUAAACUUCUUCGCUGCCUAGUCUGCCCUGUUUUUAAUUACCGGAUGUGCAACAUGAAAUCGAGUCAGCAGGAUCAUCCCCACCUGUAAGGCAAGGGUUGACUCUUUUUUUUUUUCCUUGCGGUGAAGUUUUUAACAGUUUGAGUGUGUCAGAGUUUUAUGUAUUUUUAUUUUGACUAAGACACUUGCAUGUGGUUUGAUGAUAAGCGUGGUAGAAUAAUGAUAUGUAGCCAUGUGGUGAUGUGAAAUUUCUCACUUUGUUUGUGAAGACUUUCACAGUGUUUUUAUUUGUUUUGGAGACAAGUAAACAUGUUACACGCUCUCAAGGACACCUUUUGAUGAGACUGUUUAAACAAACCUGUAUAAAAACACUUUUGAGUGUGCUGUGGUUAAAUUCUGCAGUUACCUUGUGAUUGGUCUGUCACAUUUUGAAUGCGUGUUAUUGCUACUUCACACUUCUGUCGAGUCAUUCACUGUCCAAGAAAUCAUGUGGCCUUAGUUAAUGUUCACCAGCAGACUUACAGGAUAAUGAAAUCAUGGAAAAGCAUUGGGAAAGUUUCAGAGUAGCUGUAACCAGGUCCUAUUGUUAAAAACUGAGGGACUGCCCCUGUUGAAAUUCCAAAAUUGUGUCGUACUGCAAUGCUAAACUGUGAGCCAGUGACAGUACUCACUCUGAGUGUACUACUGAUACAACAAGUCCUUCAAAGUCCUUG